AUGGCAAACAACGAUAACCAGAUGACACGAUUCCUCUUCGCUAUUCUCAAGCAGAAAUGCCUCAAGGAUAUCGACUGGAACGAAGUCGCCAAAGAUCCCAUCCUCGCCCAACCGAUUACAAACGGCCAUGCAGCCCGGAUGCGCUACUCCCGAUUCCGCUCUGCCAUGUUGGGCCAAGAACCUCAGAAGCGAACCAAAGGUGGCGCCGCGAAGAGCAAGUCGACCAAGGGCAAGAAGGACACGAAGACGAAGCAAGAAGACAGCAUCAAGGUCGAGACCGACAUCAACGCGAACUCGAGCACCAAGAAGCGGAAACGCGACGAGUCUCCCGACAAAUUGAAGCGGGAGAGGCCGGAUGCCGCUCACUUCCUCUCUCAGUUCUCACCAGCAUCCGUGCCCUCACCGAUGACGGACACCUCCCUCAUCUCGUCUUGCAGCGAUGACAUACUGGGUACCCCCGCUCUGACGAUGAGUCCCGCCUCAGACCUACUGGGGCAAACAGGCAUUUUUGGUCUCGGUCAGUGCACCCACCAUCCGCAGACCUCGGGAGACGACAGCCAGAGCCAGGAUCCCUGGGGCGAUACCCCCCUCUACACUGCCUUGGAUGCCGCCUACAGCAUGAGUAUCUACGGUAACCUGAUGUGCGAUCCGCACUCUCAGACCCAAGGCCAUCACACCACCCACGAUUCUGUGGAACACACUCAUGAUCACACUCACGACCACAUCCAUGACCUCACCCAUGAGCACGCACCCGAUUUUGCGGCAGAGGCGGCGGCGCUCAUCGCUGCUGCCGGCGCUGAGGCUCAUUCUCAACCCGUGAGGGCUGAAUGCUGGGACUCCUUGUUUUAG